AUGUCAAACAAAAAGAUCACCCCAAACCAGAUGCGAAAAAACCUCACCUACGUCCAAGAAGGAGCCCCAGACUUUAUGCGCAUGCUCACGGGCCAAUCAGCUUCCUCAGCCGCCAAUAACGAUCCUAGAAACCCAUACCGCAAACCCAUCGGUAUCGACGCCAAAUUCCAAUCCGAGCAGCCCUCCGAUGACGACGACGAGACGGCGCACGAUAUCUUGAACGAACGGGAAGAGGAGCGACCUACAGUCGUGGUGUUGAAGGAGAGCAAGCAUUUGGAUGAACGACAAGUCAAAAAUAUCCUCAACAACCUCCCUCCAGGUCUGUCAGAAGCAGAGAUCAAGAAGCGGCUAGCAAACGCCCUCGAAGAAAACAACAACAACGACAACAGCAAGGAAGAAGACGAGGAAGACAGUGAUGACGAAGACCAGGACCCCGUCGACGCCAACGGAAAGAUCCUCUUCAGGAGACCCAGGGGAUCCAAAUCGAAACCAUCAACCACAACAGUAUCCUCCUCUUUCUCCACAAAAUCUGAAAAGCAAUCAGUCAACUCGUCAGCCAGCAAAAAGAACUUUGAGACCGCUAUCCUUGCAGAGGCAGAGGCAAAAGUCCAAGCAAUCAAGAAGAAACAAUCAGGAUCAUCAGCAGCGAAGGUGGGCACAGAGACGACUGAAGGAUCAAAACGAAAGUCCAGCAGCAACGACAACAACACCAGCGAGGCGCCCAAAAAGAAAAAGCUGCAGAAAAAGACGACAACAUCUCUACUCAGCUUCAACGACGAUGAAUAA